AAACGUUUGCCUAGAAUCUGAGAGGUCAUGGGUGCGAUUUUUAUUGACGAUCUAUUGCUUAAACUGAAGAGUCUGAACUUCCUUGUGGUUCUCUUACGAUGCAAAACCAUGAUUCCAUUAAUUAUUCCAUAGGCCUAUAAUUCUUUACGGAACGCUGCUGCCAACGCUAGUAGUCCUCUUAAUAUUCGUCUACCUAUGUUGGCUGGAUGACUGCUGUGGACCUCGUCCUCCUUCAGAUACACCUUCGGAUGAACCUGGAGCCUGUUCGCCCCCCAGUCAAAUUGUCUCAGAAAGCAGGUGCCUCCGAUUGGCCAUAUUCCUGGUAUCAGUCACUUUGGUAGCCACUUGCGCCGUCAUCACACUGGUUGACUACAAUAGACCACCAUUCCCCAUUCCUGUAACGCUUGUGUCAACUCGUCCAAAAUACUUAUCAAAACUUGAUCUGAACACCACAGAUAUUUAUAUAAAUGAAACAACUGCGUCACCAACAUGGGAUGGUUUGAACAUCACUAGUCCAGUGAUACAAUAUCAAUAUGUGCCGACGUAUUUGUAUAGUUCUGCGUUAGUCUUAGCAGCAAUAUCAGUCUUCUUGAGGAUGGGAUUCAUCUUGAAAUUAGUACUGAUGGUGAUUUCUGUCAUCACACAUAUUGUUCUCUACAGUUAUCUGGAGUUCUUUCAAGAAUAUCAUGAUGCACAUGAUGAUGCCUUCCCGGCCAUACCAUUUGAAGUGAAAACCGGCCUGGCGUUGGCGCUGGUGGUCGUUUUGUUCCACAUCCUGGACAGACAAAUAGAAUUUACAAGCAGGACGGACUAUCUAUGGAAAGCCAAGCUAAAAGUCGAGCAAGAAGAGGUGGAGACUAUGCGAGGCAUUAACAAGAUCCUUCUGGAGAAUAUCCUUCCAGCUCACGUGGCCGAACACUUCUUGACGACGAGAGUCACUCAAGACCUUUACCACGAGCGAUACUCCUGCGUUGCCGUAAUGUUUGCCUCGAUUCCCAAUUACAAGGAGUUCUAUGAUGAGAGCGACGUCAACAAGCAGGGACUUGAGUGCUUACGGUUACUCAACGAGAUCAUUUGCGAGUUUGAUAAGCUACUUCUGAAGCCAAAGUUUAGUUGUAUAGAAAAGAUAAAGACCAUAGGAAGUACUUAUAUGCUGGCAUCUGGUUUGAGGCCUGGAAAGGAAGAGAACAGCACGGUAAGUUACCAAUCCCAUACUUUUUUGCAUAAAUAACCCCUCUUUUGUCAUAAUAGCGGCUUUACGGAACAUAUAAGGGUUUUCGUACAGUGAUUGUUGACUUUUCGGUGACUGUGUCUGGCAUCCAGCCACGUAAACUCCGACUAUAAAGCGUAGCAGACUGAACUGAAUUUGUGUAGAGGGAUACUGAACACGGUCACUG